UCCACCAUCCACCUCCUGCUCCAUCAUGAGUCUGAGUCGUUCCAAGCGGAUCAGCUCCAGCAGCUCGGUCCGGAGCAGCAGUGCGUCGAGGAGGCUGAGUGGCUUCGGUCCAGGUCAGGGGGGAUUCAGCGGCGUGUCCCUGAGCAGCAGCUCUCUGUACGCUGGUACCAAUGGGCAUCAUCAUGGUCUGGGGGCCUCGCUGACCUCGCUGUCGGUCAACAAGAGCCUUCUGUCCCCCCUGAACCUGGAGAUCGACCCCAACCUGUCCCUGAGCCGAGCGCAUGAGAAGGAGCAGAUCAAGAGCCUCAACAACCGCUUUGCAAGCUUCAUCGACAAGGUCUGUUUCCUGGAGCAGCAGAACAAGAUGCUCGAGACGAAGCUGGAACUGCUGCAGGGUCAGGGGGUGAGCCGAUCCAACGUGGAGCCCCUGUUCGAGGCCUACAUGGCAGGUCUGAGGCGCCAGAUGGACCUGGUCAACAACGACAAGAUCAAACUGGACGGGGAGCUGAGGAACAUGCAGGGCCUGGUGGAGGACUACAAGCACAAAUAUGAGGACGAGAUUAACAAGAGAAACAACCUGGAGAAUGACUUUGUUAUCCUGAAGAAGGAUGUGGACUCCGCCUACCUGGUCAAAGCAGAUCUCGAGGACAAAGUUGGAGCUCUGACUGAUGAGAUCAACUUCCUGAGGAACAUCUACGAGGAGGAGCUGCGCGAGCUGCAGGCCAGCAUCAAAGACACCUCAGUGGUGGUGCAGAUGGACAACAGUCGCAGCCUCAACAUGGAGCAGAUCGUAGUUGAAGUCAAAGCUCAGUACGAGGAGAUCGCAGCCCGCAGCCGAGAGGAGGCGGAGGCCUGGUACAAGAACAAGGUUAGGCUGAGGGAGCGUGACAAACGGGCCAGCUGCUUGUUUGACCAAAUGUCAGUGCAGGCCAGCCAGUUUGGAGACGAGCUCCGAAUUGUCAAAGGAGAGGUCGCUGAGGUCAAUCGGCUGAUCGGCCGCCUGCAGAGCGAGAUAGAGGCCGUGAAGGCGCAGCGGGCCAGCCUGGAGAACCAGCUGGCUGAAGCUGAGGAACGCGGGGAACUGGCCGUGAAAGAAGCCAAAGCCCGGACCAGGGACCUGGAGGACGCUCUGCAGAGAGCCAAGCAGGACAUGGCCAGACAACUACGAGAAUACCAGGACUUGAUGAACCUGAAACUGGCUUUGGACAUUGAGAUCGCCACCUACAGGAAGCUGUUGGAGGGAGAGGAGGACAGACUUGGACAUCAGUCCAUCCUGAACAUCCAGGCCAUCUCCAACUACAGUUCUAAAAGCAGUAACGGUUAUCACAGCAGCAGCAGCUCUCCUGCUCCAAAGCUGCUGAUAAAGACGACUGAGACCAGAGAUAACUCCAGAUACAGCAUCCACUGAGAGAAAACACACGCUGAUCCUUCUGUAAUGAUUUCCAAACACUUGCCUCUUAAUGUGUGGGGGUGCAUGCAGGGCUUUAUCAGUAACCUUUGUUUCAGAUAAUCAGAAUAUAAGUUAAUUUUAACAUAGAAGAAAAGAAUAAUAAGUAAUGCAAACUGUUGCUAUGGUGGGUAUGAUGUAGCUGGCUGCUGCAUCUAUUUUGAAUAGAUCAAUUAUAUCAAUAGUUCAGCAGACACUGUGCUACUCUGCUGUAUUAAUGUCUGUUUGAUCUGUAGUAGGUUUAUAAGAAUGUAAUAAUAUUAUAAUCCUGACAAUUAUUUGAAAAUCACAUUAGAGACUGGUUUCUGUAAUAAUACUAUGUCAGAAUAAUUUAGCUUAUCUGAUAAAUAAAGUGAACAUGAACAGAAGGGGAUACCGAUUGUUUAUGGUACUUAGAAAAAUGAU